CUCAAUUCCUUCUCUACCUCACUACUUGCAGCACAGUAAUAGUAGCUAGCAUCCAUUAAUGGCUGCCCUAAGGAGCUUUCUCAAGAAAAGAUCCUCUGUGCUUUGCAAUGGAGGAGCAGUGAGACACAGGCUCUUCUCCGCUCAGGUGUCCCAACCCAUCCCCGAUUCUCCAUCUUUCGCUCAGAGAAUCGGAAAUCUCCCCAAGGAUCUUCCUGCCACCCAAAUCAAAACCCAAGUUUCCCAACUCAUUGGUAGAACUCCCAUUGUUUAUCUUAACAAAGUCACUGAGGGAUGUGGAGCUUUCAUUGCUGUCAAGCAAGAGAUGUUCCAACCCACCGCUAGCAUCAAGGACAGACCGGCACUUUCUAUGAUCAACGAUGCAGAAGAGAAGGGCUUGAUAACUCCCGGGGAGACAACGCUGAUCGAGCCAACGUCGGGGAAUAUGGGAAUCAGCAUGGCUUUUAUGGCGGCCAUGAAAGGGUAUAAGAUGGUUCUAACUUUGCCGUCUUACACUAGUUUGGAGAGAAGGGUGUGUAUGAGAUGCUUUGGAGCUGAUUUAAUUCUCACUGAUCCAACCAAGGGGAUGGGAGGGACUGUUAAGAAGGCGUAUGAUCUUUUGGAAUCUACGCCGAAUGCCUUUAUGCUCCAACAAUUCUCAAAUCCCGCCAAUACUAAGGUGCAUUUUGAAACUACAGGCCCUGAGAUAUGGGAGGAUACCAACGGACAAGUUGACAUCUUCGUAAUGGGAAUUGGUAGCGGAGGCACUGUCUCUGGGGUCGGGCAGUAUCUCAAAUCUAAAAAUCCUAAUGUUCAGAUAUACGGAGUGGAGCCUGCUGAAAGUAAUGUGCUGAAUGGUGGUAAACCAGGUCCUCAUUCAAUCACGGGCAACGGGGUUGGAUUCAAACCAGAUAUAUUGGACAUGGAUAUGAUGGAAAGAGUGAUUGAGGUUCGUAGCGAAGAUGCAGUAAACAUGGCAAGACAAUUGGCACUGAAAGAAGGGCUUAUGGUGGGAAUAUCGUCUGGAGCCAACACAGUGGCAGCAAUGGAGCUUGCUAAAAAGCCUGAAAACAAAGGCAAACUCAUUGUGACUGUUCACGCGAGCUUUGGGGAGCGAUACUUGUCAUCUGUUCUAUUUCAAGACCUGAGGCAGGAAGCCGAAAACAUGCAACCAGUUGCAGUCGACUAACCUUAAGUACUCCAAGGCUCUCCGUGUGACAUGUAAAAUCGCUUGUAUCAGUGUAUGCGUUGAUGUCUGCCUUGACGAUAUAAGGCCUUAUGUCUUGAAGUUAGAUUUUAUGCAUAGAACAUUGUCUGCAAUUUACCUUUCUUGUGAAACUUGUGUUGUGACUCUCUGAAAGUGUAAUGUAAUGCAAUUCAUCUUUGAGUCUGCAGAGCAUGUGUGCACACGUAUAACCACACAUAUAACCUUCGGAAUCUGUCUUCUGAGUUUUGAGGUAA